AUGUCCGACGACUUUAGGGCAUACUACCCAGGCUAUCAAGCGAGCACGAGUCUCCAGAGUGAGAUCUUUGCGGAUUUCAUUGAAACAUUGUACGGCGAAAGAAACGUGUCUAAAGCCUUCGAAACUUAUACCGAUUCCGACAUCAUCGAACAUGACCCUGCCGAUACGCCAGGCCGCGACGCUAUUAUUGCAAGACUAGACGGAAUCAUUCCUUAUGCGAACUACACAAUUCGAUUUUCGAGCUUUGGCGACGAUGUUGGCCUGGUCUACUUGAGAGUUGAAGAUCAGCCAGAGCCGAUUGCACUUGCUGAUGUUUAUCGAAUGAAUGGGACAUGCAUCGUUGAGCAUUGGGAUGUCUCCCAGGCCAGGCCUGCGAAUGCGACAAAUCCACUUGCUAUGUUCUGA